GCCAAGUGCCAUUACUGCAGUAGCUCCCAGUGCCCCCCAUUGUGAGCUCCCCAUUACUGUGCUCUCACCCCUCCACCAGUAGGUCUGGGACAGGUUGUGCCAUGUCUGAUGCCGGGUCAGGUGCUCCCCUCCCGCCCCGGUGUGCGCCGCUUCUAUCAGCCCCUUCCUGCGCUCGGGCUGCAGCACCACCUCCAGCUCUGUGAAGCGCUCCUUGUCCCGCUGCCGCCGCUGGUAGUACAGGGUCCCGGAUUGCACCACGUAGCAGGCGGCGGCCUUGCGGAUCUUGCGCUUGACAUUGCCCUCGGUGCCCGGAGCGUAGGGCUCCCGCUCGUUGGUCAGAUAGCGCAGGAUGGCCAGGUAGCUCUCCUCGCUGGACAUGGCGGACAGCGCGGGGCCCCACCGGCCUCCCUGGAGGCGCAGGCCGCGCUCUGUAUCCGGGCGGCGGGCUCGGUGCUCCCCCUGGAUAGCGGCUGACAGCUACACGGGGAACUGCUGGGCUCGGAACGCCCGGCGAGCAGCUUCGCGGAAACACAAAAUGGCUGCUGCACCAGCGGAAGUGACGUCAUGCGAGUCUCGGCGUGGAUGCAAUGUAGGCAGAGAGAACGCGGAGAGACUCAGAGAGAAGGAGGAGGAGGAGAGCAGCGUGCCGGGGGUAAGAGCAGACAUGCCGCCAUAACCGACUGUCCCGGGGGAGCAUGGCGGCCUGCUACACGCUGUAUGAAUGGUGUUGGGUACAUGUUCCCUAAUGCACAGCCUGUGUGUGGGUUCACGUGCUGUUUUUGGGGAGCAUUUCUAUAGUAUAGUCAGUCCCUGCAGGCUUUUUAAAGUGAAACUCCAGUGGCACUGCAGGUCCCCUCCCACCCCCCAAUCUCCGGUUGCUGAAGGGGUGAAAACCGUCGCUGCUUCUUACGCCGCUCCUCCCUCUGAUUGCGUCGGCCGGUGGACGAGACUGUUCCCACUCACCGGCCGGGAGACCUAAUGCGCAUGCACGACAUUCAAUGCUUUCCUAUGGGGAAAUGAGGGCUGGAGGUACUCACACAGCGUGAGGACGUCCAGUGAUGCUAUGGACCAGGAAGUGCCCUCUAGGGGCUGUCUAGUAGACAGCCAGUAGAGGUGGAGUUAACCCUGCAAGGUAAUUAUUGCAGUUUAUGAAAAACUGCAAUAAUUACACUUGCAAUGGGCAGAAGUGGUCUGGGUGCCUGGAGUGUCCCUUUAAUAUAAACACUGCUUUUUCUGGAAAAACAAGGCAUUGUUUACAUUACUGCCUAGGGAUACCUGUAAUCAGUGGCAUACACAUGACCCAUGUGGUCCCGGUGCAAAAAAUUGAUCCGUGGCCCCCCCCUGCGCUUACUCGACAAGGGUCGGGGCCGCAACACAUGGCGGCGGGCACCUGGUCACAGGGCUGCGACCGCGUCAUGCUGCACACACACCUAAAGGAUCACUACAGACACCCAGAUCACAUCAGCUCAAUGAAGUGGUCUGGGUGCCAGGUCCCUCUAGUUUUAACCCUGCAGCUGACAACAUAGCUGUUUCAGAGAAACGGCUAUGUUUCACUGAGGGUUAAUCCAGCCUCUAGUGGCUGUCUCAUUGACAGCCGCUAGAAGAGAUUCCGCUAUUCUCACUGUGAAAAUCACAGUAAGAAGACACUGAACGUCCAUAGGAAAGCAUUGAGUAAUGCUUUCCUAUGGGCGGUUUAAAUGCGCGCGCGCCUCUUGCCGCGCAUGUGCAUUAGGAGCUGAGAGGCGGGGGGAUCCCCAGCGCCAAGGAAGUCCGGCGCUGGAGGAAGGUAAAUGCUGAAGACACACACUCUCACGAACAGACGCAUACACACUAGCUAACAGACACACACAUUUACUGACAGAGACACACUCAGUGACAGACAUACAUACACACUCACAAAACAUACACUUUCACUGACAAACACACACUCACUAACAGACAUCAGACAUCAGACACACUCAGUAACAGACACACCCAAUAAGACACACUAACACACACACACACUAACACAUCAUUUUUUUUUUUUAAAUGUAAUCCCCCAGCCUCCUUACCUUUUGGAGUGCUGGGGGGAUUCCCUGGGGUCCAGUGGUGGUGCUGCUGGGCUCCUGGGUGGGCAUCUGACGUCAUCUUCCAGCUCUGGUAUCAGUGCGGUGCGCGAGGGAGCUGAAGAGGAAGCACUCAGGGGAGAGUGCUCCCUCGCGCGCCGGCCACCCAGACAGCCAGCCCACCGGAGUCAGCAGGGCCAGCCUAGGGGGGACCUGGGGUUGCCGGCUCCUGGGCCCCCCAGGAGAAGAGGCUGGCCCUGUGGGUACAGCCGCGACCCCGGUAUGUACGCCACUGCCUGUAAUGGAAAUCAUUCAUACGGCCACUGGAGUGGUUUCCUGGGCCAGUGCAGUACUGGCAUUCAGUGUCUCCAUGCAUUGCAUGGAGGCGCUGAAGGUUCCCCAUAGAGAUUCAUUUAUUUUAUGCGUCUUCUGCGCAAUAGCCUCCCAGUGCUUGGAUUUGCUGAGAUCAUCUCUAGAUAGAUGAUCUCAGCUGUGAAGGUGGAGUCAGGUGGGGCAAGACUGGCAAUGCAUGAUAACAAAAGGUUAGUAAAAUCACCUUUUAUUUACACAGAGAGGGGGGUCGAUGACCUAAAUGUUUAUUCCUACUCUAUAGGAAUACAUAUUUAAAGUCACAAUGUUCUUGUCCUGUAAACACAUAAUGUUGUAAAACUGUGGGUUAUUGUUCCCCAUCCCCGCCCUUUCUUCCUCCAGUGAUAUCACUCCCUCUGAUUUAACAUUACCAACCUGCAACUUUCACUCGGGGCUGUUAUUUAAGCGGCACAAACAGAUUCCAAACAUCAUGACCACUUCAACUCAUUGAAGUGUUCAUGUUGCUUAUAGUAAUUAUUUAACUCUUUCUGGAUGUAAGGGUGUGCUAUGCGGUCCUACAAAAGGAGGGCUUUAACGCUGUUAGGGCAGCAUAACAUUCCUAAUGAUUGGGCCCUUGUUCUAUCAUUCUGCUAUACCCCGUCAGAUUUCUAUACCCCCGUCACUUCCGGGGAGGGGAAUCAGCUGGAUCCUUUGCUGCACAUGCCUCACUUAACCCUAAAUGCCCUGUGUGCCUAAGCUUAGUGAAUGCACUAACUAUAAUGAAAGUGUAAAACUAGUUUUACUUACCUUCCAGGACCUUGCUGUGGAGGAGUAGCAGGAGUGCUAGCAGGCAUGUGCAGCACAGGAUCCAGCUGAUUCCCCUCCCCGGAAGUGACGUGGUAUAGAAAUCUGACGGAGUAUAGCAGAAUGAUAGAACACCCUCUCUCCGGUAUCUAUACUUACUGUCAUGUGAUAGUGGUGACAUCAUGAUUGGUUUCGAACUUGUACAAUUGCCUCCAUCCUUAAGGGGCUAACAGAUAUCAAUAAGUAUUUGUUGUAAAUUUUUUGUUAUUCAGGGGAGACUCGUUUUUCCAAUGGUUUCAAAUUAUGUAUUGUUUCGAUCUUAGCUUUAUGUAAAUUAGAAACCACCAUCUCUGAACUUUCUGAGUACUGGAGGGGAAAAGCAUGCUUCUUACACUGAAAUAAGUUGUAAAAGCUUGUUUUAAAACUGUGGAAAUUACUCACUGUUGUAACUGUUUAACAUUUUUAUUUAACUUACACUGCUCCAUCAAAAACAUAACUAAUAACAGGAACCAUUUCCCCCUUUUUUUUAGUUUGCUAUCAUUAUUCAAUAUGUCAACACAAAUUAAGGACAAAGAAGCUUUUCAACGAAUCAAUUUUCUAUACCAGGUAAUUAUAGAUUAUAGUUAAACUACUACUGUACAUUUGUAUGUGUUUAAUUUCAGUAGUCAUUUUACUACCAGUUGCAUGAUAAUCAAAAUUAAAACCCAAACACAUUUCCUAUUCAGCUUAUUGGCUACAUUAAUUAAUUUUCAUGUGCUACAACUACUUUAACACUGUAGGGUGGCCACCUGUGCUCCCUGUGGUGACAUUCUGUCAUUAAACUAAUAUGGUGGCCAGGGGUCAUGUGACCAAUCUCAUGUAUGCAUUUCUUACAGGGGGAUAAGCUUUACCCUUUGAUAUGGUAAUUGGGUAAUUCUUUCUUUCUAAUACUUUUUAUUGAAAAAUUUUGUUUUAAGAUAACAAAUAAUCACAUUAAUACAUACAUACAUACACACCUAAUUAAAUCCGACCAAUACAAAUAAAUCUUUUUGAUGGAAAGAAAAAAACUUUCAUUGAGAUAUAUCAAUCGGUCAAAAAAAACCACAAAAAAAAACCUGGAAGUUGACAAUAUUACAUUUAAUCCAUCAAUGAUAAUAAGAGGUGUAUCAAUGGGAGUAGGCACGGGUUUACAUACAUAUUACAGUAGAUAAUAGAUAGAGAUUACAAAUACAUAUUAACCGUGAGAGUUCCAUUUCCCACAUAGGAUUUUAUCUUUCUUAAACACAAUGCCUGAGAAAUUUAUCAAUUGCCAUAUAAUAAAGAACAGUUUUUUAACCAAGUAGAAUACCAAUCCCUUUUUUUUGAAAACACUAACCGAUUUUUUAUCAUUUCGUUUUCCAUUGUCAAUUGAAAUUUAAUUUGGUUAAUUAGAGAGAUUUUCUGAAAAGGAACAGAGGAUUUCCACUGAUUUUAACUGCAAUGAAGCAGUGAAUUGCUAAACAAAUAUAUUUACUUGAUUUAAAAGGCAAAUUGAGAUGGAGGAGGGCCGAUACUGGGUCUAUAUUUAUAUCUUUAAAUGAUACCUCUUUCAUAGAUAUUUCAGAAAAGAUAUUAUAGGUCCAAGCCCAUAGUGGUUUUGCUGCUGGGCAGAACCACCAGAUAUGAAUAUAUGUACCCAGAUAGGUACCACAUCUCCAACAAGUAGGAUCUUGAGAAGAAUACAUUUUAGCUAAUCUUGUCGGGGUGUAGUACCAUCUAUAGAGUAACUUAAAAUGACACUCAGUCAAGUUUAGACCAUGAACAAAUUUGUUUACUAGAAUUAUAGAAGAGUACCAUUCCUUUGGGGAAAUAACUAAAUUUAGAUCCUUUUCCCAGGAUUUAACCAAUUUAUAGGGAAAGGUGUCUGAACCUUUAAACAGCAUAUUAGCCACCGAAACAACUUUGGGUAUAGUUUUAAAUGAGAAAAGAAUUUGUAGCUCUUUAGCCCGAGGAAAAGAAGAUUGAAUAACAUGUUUCUGAAUAUAGUGUUUAAUGCGAAAAUAAGUAAAUAAUUCUUUAGAUGGAAUAUGGAAAUUAUCCACGAUCUGUUGAAAUGGUAAGAUAUCAUCGCCCUGCAUAAUAUCCGAUAAAGUUAUUAUAUCUUUAUUGGGCCAGUGUCUCAGUGAUAGAUCCUCUACAUUAUUUUCUAAUAAAUUUAAUUUACAUGUUUUGGGAAUUGAGUAACUUACACCCAAAAUUUUUCUGAUUUCAACCCAUGUUUCCAAAGAGUGAGCCAGCGAUAUUAAGCCAUUAGGCAAAUCCGUUAGAAACCUCACAGGAUCUGACCAUAUAUAUGGAUGAAGAGCAGAUACAUGUAGCGCUUCAGACUCCAAUUUAUACCAAGGUUCAGAAAAAAAAAAAGGUUCUUGUAAAAUAUAUAUAUGUCGUAUAGUAUUGGCAUAGUAUAAGUUAGUGAUAUUUGGAUAAUUUAGCCCUCCCUUAGAGAGUUUGUUGUAAAUAUAUUUUUGACUUAUUCUGGGCUUUUUAUUUUUCCAAAUAAAUUUAUUUAUGGCAGAUUGUAUCAUAUAAAGCCACAUCUUAGGGAUUUUAAGGGGAACCAUUGAUAACAAAUAAGACCAUUUUGGUAAAAUAUAAGAGUUGAUAAUGUUAAUUCUACCUAUCCAUAGUGUUUCUAAAUUUUUCCAUUUUUUUUAGGUUUUGAUUCAUUUCCUUCAUUAACUGCAUAACGUUCCUCUCCAUUAUUUGGGAAGCAUUAGCCGGAAAGCUAAGGCCCAAAUAAUUAAUUUCUGAGUCUGUCCAAAUAAACUGAUAUUUUUGAGAUAGCCUUUCAACCUGAGUGAAGGGUAAAUUAAUAGUUAAAGCAGUAGAUUUAGAGACAUUUAACUUGAAAUUAGAGAUAUUAGAAAAAUUGACAAUUUCUUCCAUUAAUGAUGCCAAUGAAUCUUCUGGAGAUGUAAGGGUUACCAGAGCGUCAUCGGCAUACAAUGCAAUCUUAAUAUCUUGAGAUUUCGUAGGAACACCCUUUAUUAACUGAUUGUUCCUAAUGUUUAUCGCAAGAGGCUCAAGAGAUAAGAUGUAGAGAAGCGGUGACAAAGGACAUCCCUGUCUUGUACCGUUUUUAAGAUCGAACCACAUCGAAGUAAUAUUAGGACCUACAGUUCUGGCUGAAGGGUCAGAGUAUAAUAUAAUUGCGGUGUAAAUCCAACCCGUAAAGCCGUAUGCAUUGAGAAGUUCACUUAAAUAGCCCCACCCAACCCUGUCGAACGCUUUUUCUGCGUCCAAAGACAGGGCCAGGAGGGGCUCUUUAUUGGCAUUGACAAGACUAAUACUAUCUAUAAGCUUUCGAGUGUUAUUUGAUGCCCAUCUUCCUGGGAUAAACCCUAUUUGAUCAGGAUGAAUAAGUUUAGAAAUAACCCUUUUCAGUCUCUCAGCUAUAAUAGCUGAAUAGAUUUUCAUGUCAACAUUAAUUAAUGCAAUUGGUCUAUAGUUUUUUGGGUCCGUACUAUCUUUAUCCGGUUUUAAAAUGGGAACAAUGUUUGAUUGUAGUAAUUCCUUUGGGAUGAUCUCACUUUCUGCUGCUUGAUUAAACAUUUCAGUAAGAGGUUUUAAAAGAUAAGGUUUCAUAUAUUUAUAAUAAAGAUUUGAAAAACCAUCAGGACCAGGAGUUUUGUUUAUAGCUAAUCUAUCAAUUUGAAAUUGCACUUCCUCCAUAUAAAUUUUUUUAUUCAGAAUGGUCAGAUCCUGGGAAGAAAUUCUCGGAAUUCGAGACUUUAAUAGAAAACUCUUAAUGUCCUUUAUUUCUGGGGAUAGCCUUAAAUUGUAUAGAUCUUGGUAAAAUUGAUUAAACUUUUGACCAAUCUCCAGUGGAGUGGAGUAUACAGUUUGAUCCACUACCAAUUUUUCUACUCUAUUUUUAGCAUAUUGAUUACGGAGCCUCCUAGUUAGACUCUUACUCGCUCUAUUACCCGAGAUGUAGUGAUUUAGUUUUAAUUUAUUUAUAUUUGACCUUAUUUUCUCCUCUUCCUUUAAAUUAAUUUGGAGUUGUAGAUCUUUUAACUGAGUUCUCAGCUCGGGGGAAGAUUGUAUUUUAUUCAAUUUGGAUCAUGAGUAGAAUUCAAUAUAUAAGUCAGACAAUUUUAUUCCUUUAUUUUUCUUAAAGAGAUAGUCUAAUUUAAUUAUAUAACCCCUCAUUACAGAUUUAUGGGAACACCAAUUUAUUAAGGGAGAGGUGUCUUGCAGGUCAUUUUCUGCCCAAAAAUAUUCAAAUAAUUUAGUCAAAUCCUCCCUAUUCUUAGAAUCCUUCAAAAUAUCAUCAUUUAGUCUCCAAGUAUUACGAGGAAAAGGCGGAGAAUUACCAAGAGCAAAUACAACAAAACUGUGGUCUGACCAUGUAUUUUCUUUAAGAUCAAUAUAAUUAAAAAGCGGAAUUGUUAUAGCAUUUGUUAAACAAAAAUCGAUCCGAGAAUAUGUUCCAUGAACACCGGAUAGGUGAGAAAAAUCUUUUUUAAGGGGGUGAAGUAAUCUCUAAAUAUCAUAUAAAUUAUACUGCCUACAUAUAUUAUUUAAUCUUUUGGCUUGCUUAGUGGGUCCUGUAUUAACAUUAGAUAAGGGAGAUAGUGUAGUUCUGUCCAAAAGUGGAUCACCAACACAAUUGAAAUCGCUAGCGAUAAUCAAAUAUCCCUUAUAGAUUUUGUCCACUUUAUCCAUUAUCAAAGAAAAUUUAGUCAUUGGAUCAACAUUAGGUAAAUACACGUUGACCAGUGUAUAAAUUUUAUCUUCGAUCUUACAAACCAAAAUAAUAAACCUCGCUUCUGGAUCAAAUUCUGUAUGUAGGAUAUCUACGUUAAUAUCUUUACUAAAUAUAAUUGCCACACCCCUUUUUUUAUUUUUAAUUAAUGAGGCAUGAAUCGCCGUUACAAAUUUAUCACCACCCCAUGUUUGUUUAGUAUCUUUAAGCCAAUGAGUUUCUUGUAAAAAGGCUACCUGUAUAUUUUGUUUUAUCAGGGAAUCAUACAGUCUAUAUCUUUUUUUGUUCGUGUUAAGCCCCUGAACGUUCAAAGAUAAAAACUUCAACAUAUAAUUACCUCAAAGAGAUAAUUUUUGGACUUCCGAAAAAAAAAAAAAAAAAGGAAUAACAACAUAUACUCCCAAUCAUUGGGUUAUGAAUAAGACAACACCAUUCACCCAACUAUUAGGUAAAUACCUAAUUCUACGAUAUUCAUUGACAACCCUAUUGGAGCAAUGAAAAUAGAGUAGCAUAACUACACAAGAGUGGAAACCCCGAACCAUGCCUGAGUUGAAAAACCUACCACUACAAAAAUGACCUCGCUCUGUCUUAAUUUAAAUCUCCCUAAUAGAAGGAGAAUUGGAGAAAUACUGCCCAAGAGAUUUUAUAUCAAAGUGUAUAUAAGAUAAUAAAUAAAUAUAUAGUGAAUAAAGAUAUCAAUACUCAUUCAAUUACUUUAAACCUGGAACUUAUAUCAUCGUUCUAUUAAGUGACAAUCAUUAAUACUGUAGUAAUCAUGUGAAAAAUUUGAAUUUAGAGUGUAAACUAACACCAAAAGAGGCAAAUAUAUAAUACUUUUCAAAUAUUAGUUUCUUCUGAGAAAGUUAUUACUUAGUGUCCAUAAAAUAACAAUUUUUCUUGAGCAUAUGUGAAUUACUUGUAUACUACAUGGGAAAAAUAUUUAUAAUCUUCUCUUAAGCUUUCUUCUCCCCCUCCUCCCUCCCACACUCAUAUUCAUGUUUAUAUUCUGCAAAAAUAAAAGCAUAGAACUAAGACAACAAUUUGUUACUUUUAAGCCAUUCUGUUAAUCUCGCACUAGUCUCAAAUAUUUCUCUUCUACCUUCAUAAGAGAGACUAAGUUUUAGUGGAAAAGGCCACUUAUAUUUUAUAUUAUGAUUUCUCAAAGAGCAUGUGGCAGAACUAAAUGCUUUUCUUUUUGUUCUGGUUUCAAAGGAUAAAUCUUGAAAUACUUUAACUUUCUGGAAAGGCCCCUCAGAGAUUAACUCAGUUCUUGCAUAUUUCAAAAUGGUUUCUUUAAAAUCAAACGAGAGGAAACAUGCAAUGAUAUCUCGGGGAGAAUCAUUUUGUAUUACUUGUGGUUUAAAAGUCCUGUGGCAUCUUUCUAUUAUUAAAUCAGAAGAUUUAAAGGGAACACCCAGUGCAGAAAAAUAUUCCAGCAAAGUCUGUUUUAGAUCUUCUUGUCUGCCUUUUUCUGGAAUGUCUCUAAACCGCAGAUUUUUUCGCCUUGAUCGGUCUUCCAAUUCAGAUCAUUUGUUUUGUAAGUUUGUAAUAGCCUGAUUUGCCUUAACACACUCUUCUGAUAGGUUUUUUUGUUGAAAAUCUAACUGGUUUAGAUGGUCUUCAAAGCUUUCCAUUUUUACAACCAGUGAAUUUAUUUCGUUUUUUAUAUCCGAUUUGAUUUUAUCCGCCGUUAGAGCCAGUUCGGCUUUAAUCUCGUCUAGGUUAGUCUUUAGACUAUAAUGUAACAAAGAAGUAGUUAUUAAAUCUUUAUCAGGAUUACUUUUAUGUUCUGGUUCCAGAUCUUCUGAACUUAGAUCCAUUUCAUUUAUUUUCUGUUUAGAGAUCUUAUGUUGCUGGGGAGAAAAGUAAGUUGUUAAUGAUCUGUCCUGAGGUUUAUCUUGAAUAAGAUCUUUUUUAUCUUUCCUUGAAGAGGAUUUAGUUUCGUGAAGUUUUUUCGAAGCCAUGUUAUAAAAAUUUUGGACCUAAGGAAGCGUCAGAUCAUUAGCAAUUAUUCUAUAUACAAAUCUUUUUUUUUUUUUUUAUUUAUUAUUAUUUUUUUUCCCUUUUUUUUUUUUUCUUCUAUUCCUCUAUAUAAUUUGUACAAUUUAUUGCCUGUUACUUUCUCUUUAUUUUCUCUUUAUUUUGUCUUCCUUUUUUUUUCUCUUUUUCUUAUUCUUCUUCCCUCUAAUUCUUUCCUCUUAAAUAGUGUGUCUAUUCCCUACUUUUUUAGUAUCCUUUCCUUCUGUUUCCACUUUCCACUUUCCCUUUAAGUUUCACUUUAUUUGCUUUUUACUUAAUUUUCUUUUCUUCCUUUAGUGGUCCCUUUACCUCUUCUCUCUCCUGCUCCUUUGUCUUAAGUAUUAUCUGAUUCUGAAUGUUAUCCCAACAUUAUAGGGACUUUAUGAAUUAAAUAACAAUAUCUGCAGUGUUUCCUCUAAAUAUAUAUAGACAAUAUAUUAUAGUUGUCUUGAAUUAAAACCACUUAUAAUUUUCUUUUCUUCGCCAAGUUGACAUUGCAGAAUUAUACCUGCUACCACAUAUGAGCAGUUAUUAUAGAAAUUUAAACUGCAAAAUUGCAGAAUUUUCAGAAUAAAGAAAGAUACUGCACCGUGGUAUUACUGGCGUUUGUGUGGAGUUUGAUCGCACAUGGUUUUCUCAGGCAACUCCUCCAAAGACUAACAGAGUAGAGAUGAGGAAGCCCGCGGAGUUCAGAGUAGUCGGAGCACAGAAAGUGCGAGGUCUGCAGAUAGAAGUUAUUCGGCGUUCAUAUGCACGUGUAUUCCUUCUGUUGUCGGUCAAAUUACAAAUAGAUGCAGAGAUGUAUAGAGGCUUACAGGCGGUCUUUACUUAGGCGGCAGAGAGAGGCAUCUGGGAAUGGCAGCCGUUGAUACCUCGGCAGAGCAUGGCGGGUUCCCCUCCUAUUCCGUCAUCACGGAGAGCGUCCGUCCGCACGCCCCCACGUCAUAACGCCCCCACGUCAUAACACAUGGAUUUGGUAAUUGGGUAAUUCAAUACCUUUACAAGUCAGGAGAGAAAUAACCACUUCCCCCUAUCUCCAUUCCUCUCUGUUCCUUCUUGGCUGUGCUGCAGAGCAGAUGUGCAGACGCCAUGUGCUAUCUUGGUGAACCAUGUUACUGUCUGUUGCUUCCUUUUCUUCCUUGGUGGAUGUGAUGUUGAACUUGCAGCAGUAAGCCAUUACUAGAUGUGAAGGCCUAACCGUGGGUGAGAUCAAACAUGUGGGGAAGGGGAUUACUAUAUAGAUAGAUUUAAAAAGGGUUGUUGCUCCGUGGGUCUGGGCUGUGUAUUUGUGAUACAUUUAUAGUAUUGUGUUGUUGCCUUUUAAUAAAUACCUUUUUAAUGUAGACGAACCUUGUGUAAUAUAUAUAUAUAUUAAUUUGGUGAUACACCACACUCCCUAAAUAUAAUAAAAUCUUACUUUUGUUCAAGUCUGCAGUUGUUGGCUCUUCCCCUGAUCUGCCUGAUUUAUUGACAUCAUCAGAAGUGAUUCUCUGAGCCAAUCACAAUGCUUUCCUAUAGGAUUGGUGGAGCUAGUCAAGGAGGCACAUCGGGGCGCAGAGCCAGCACAAGCCAAACACAACCCUGGCCAAUCGGCAUCCCCUCAUAGAGAUGCAUUGUAUCAAUUCAGUGGAGACACUGAAUGGCAGUGCUGCGCACUGUGCCGCACUGCCCCAGAAAGUACCUCUUGCAGCCAGUAAAGUUAUCCAUAGGCUGUAAUGUAAACACUUUUUUUUUCUCUGAAAAGACAGUGUUUACUGCAAAAAGGCUGAAGCAAAUGAUUAUACUCACCAGAACAAAUGCAAUAAGCUGUAGUUGUUCUGGUGAGUAGAGUGUACCUUUAAGCUAACCACUAACAUUAUGAAUUUCUAAAACGAAAAUCCCAAGUGUGAAAAAUGCAAAUCCGUACUCAAUUUAAUUGAUUACUGUCUAAAUACAUGUUGACCACAUUAUCAUCGUGAGGCUAAACCAAUCAAAUGUACAAUUAUUAUCCAAAAUACUCUCUCCAUGAAGGCUCUGCAACUUCUUUUUCUUUUAGCCAAAAGUCAUGCAGAUAUAUUGUUUGUGUGGUAAGCCUGUCAUGUAAUAUUAUUAUAGUUUCUCUGCAUAUUUUCGUUUAACCCCUUAAGGACACAUGACAUGUGUGACACGUCAUGAUUCCCUUUUAUUACAGAAGUUUGAAGGCCUGAAGGCUGAACAAUGUUUUCUAAGAAAAGGCAGUGUUUACAAUGCUGCUUACAUACACCACUAGUGGCUGUGACUAUAGACUUCCUGGGUUUGGUCCUGCAAAGAUCAAAGGCUCAACUUUCAGUGUUUACUCGCUUUACAUUGAGACACUGAACGCUCCCUAUGCUGACUCUGCAUCUCUGAGGAGAUGCUAAUUGGAACAGCACUGUCAUUUUCCUUCGCAUGCAUACUAGACUCACAAUGCUUCCCUAUGGGAUAAACAUUAGAUUGGCUGAGAUCACCGGGAUUGUUGAAUUAUGCAUAUUGAGAAUCUGAAGAGUUUCUUCUUCUAUUCUAUUUUUCAGUUGGUAAAAAUUGAGUAUUGAGGUAAUGUUUUCAACUUUAUUUAGCUUAUAUUCUACCACAAUAAAUCUUUAUUUGUAAUUUUUAUAUUUCUCAUGCAAUUAUAAUUUUUUAUAUAUAUAAUGUAAUUUGUUUGUAACUGUAAAAUGCUUUCAUGCUUAUUAUUGCAUUCAGUAUCUGAUGACACCCGUUUGUUUCCCAAGGCUGCACACUGUGUAUUGGCUCAAAACCCUGAGAAUGUGGCACUUGCUCGCUUCUAUUGUCAUACAGAAAAAAUGAUCAGCAAGCGACUGGUGCUUAGACAGUAAGUAUACAUUGCUUGUUUGAAUAGACCUACAGUUCUACUUGAGAACAUAAUCUUGCUUAGCAAUAUAGAGAGACAUUUUGUCCUUAUUUAUUUAUAUAAUUUCCAAACACACGUGAAUUUGAGCCUUCAGAAAAAUUACAUUUAAAUAUCAUUACCUUGGCAUAUAAUAUUGGAGAUUGGCAGUAGUUCAUUUGUGCAAGAAUAGUCAUCACUACAAAUUAAUGCCAACACAUCCAUGUAAUAAUUGCAGUUUGCAUUAUUGUUUUACAUACCUUAAAGGAUCACUAUAGGGUCAGGAACACAAACCUGUAUUCCUGACCGUAAAGUGUUAAAACCACCAUCUAGCCCCCCGGUCCCCUCAUGCCUCCCUAAAAAAUAGCAAAAUCUUACUGUAUUCAAGCCUGAAGCUGUAACUCUGCAUGCUGUUUGCCUCAAAAAAACAAGCAGUCUGCUGACAUCAUCAGAAGUGGUGGCCUGAUCGAAUCACAAUGCUUCCCCUAGGGAUUGGCUGAGACUGACAAGGAGGCAGAUCAGGAGCAGAGCCAGCAUGAUUAAAACACAUCCCUGGCCAAUCAGCAUCUCUUCAUAGAGAUUAAUUGAAUCAAUGAAUCUCUAUGAGGGAAGUUCAAUGUCUGCAUGCAGAGGGAGGAUAUACUGAAUGUUUGGAUGCAUUUUAGGCAGCCAUGACUCAGGAAGGAUCUCUGACUGCCAUCUGAGGAGUGGCCAGUGAAGUUAUCACUAGGCUGUAAUGUAAACACUGCAUUUUCUCUGAAAAGACAGUGUUUACAGCAAAAGGCCUGAAGGUAAUGAUUCUACUCACCAGAACAAAUUCAAUAAGCUGUAGUUGUUCUGGUGACUAUAGUGUCCCUUUAAGUUACUAUAAUUUAUGAAGGAAUUUUGUAAAAUUAAUCUACAAUUCUGCCACAUUUUAAGCCAUCCUUUUGUCUUAUCUCCAGGGACCCAUCAAUUAAAAGAACUAUAUGCAAAAGGUGCAGCUCUCUGCUUCUUCCUGGAGUCACCUGUACUGUACGACAAAAAAGUAAGCACUUUCUUAGGUAUGAAAUGUGAAAUAUAACUUAUUUAAACAGCUUGCCUUUAAAUACACUUGUUACAACAAACAGACCAUUUAAUAUUAAGCUAUAUGUUUCUAUUUUAAAUUUAAAAAUACAUUUUAAAAAACUUUAGGAAAAAUAAAAUGUUUGCGUUACUUGCUUAUAAUUUUUACAUUCUCAUCCCAUACAAUAAAGUUUUUGGUGGUCACGUAAAAUAUGAUUGAUGCUAAAAAAAUAUAUUUGUACCUUGGGGGGGUGAAUCUGGUACAUCCAGGGAAAAUAAAGCCCCAUAUGAAAUAUUUGCCUUAAAAAGUAUUUGCAAACUUAUUUGCUCUACUGACAGUAGAAGAGCUGAUCCGGAAUCUGCAUUAUUUUUUUUAAGCUACAAAAAUGCAAUUCUUAAAGGGACACUACAGUCACCAGAACCACUAACGGUUCAUGUAGUGAUUCUGGUGUCUAUAGCCUGUCACUGAAGGCUUUUCAAUGUAAACACUGCAUUUUCAGAAAAAGGCAGUGUUUACAUUGCUCACUCAGACAGCCACUAGAGGUGAUUCCUAGUGCAAUGCUGCAUGGAGGCGCUGAAUAUUCCCCAUAGAGAUGCAUUGAUUUAAUGCAUCUCUAUGAGGAGAUGCGAUUAGUGCAUGCACAAUAGCCUCCCAAUGGUUGGCGGAGAUCAUGAAGAUUGAUUAUCUCAGCCAUGGAGGUGGGGUCAGCCACAGCGAGACCAGCACGACAUGGGAAAAAUCUUUUCCAUGCAAUCGGGGGGCGGCACCUAAACAGAGACACACUCUCUUACAGACAGACACUCAAAAAUUAUCUAUAUAAUUUUUUUAAUCCAAUUUACAUCCACCUAGCCUCCGUACAUUUUGGAGAGCGGAUGGAUCAGCUUUUCCUCUGGUCCAGUGAGGCUGCUGUCAUCUUCCUGCUCUGCUCCCUCCCUCCCGCCAUUUAUGAUUUCAGCAUGCACGAGUGAGCAUAGCAGGAAGAUGACAGGUCCCUCGCCGCCUGCCUCUGCUUUCCAUCAGCCGGCCCCCUGCAUUCUUCCUUGCCGCCUCCGCUGAAAGAAUCCCAGGCAUCAGGACGAAACUCCUAGUACACAUGGCGACCUGGAUUUUGGACCUGGAUUUUGUCGAGCCCUGUUCUAAUAAAUCAUAUAUGUGGGUCAUCUACAACCAGGAACAUCUAUUGAAAUUACAGGCACACUCCAAAGUCUCCCCAUGGUGUGUGAAUUAUGAGCACUGUGUGCUUAGUGUUUCUAAAGCCGGCUGUCAUAAGUGCAUGGAGAAUAAAUGCGGACUAUGUUGGUGGGACUUAACUCCUAAAUCAAAACUGCCCAUCUCGAAUUGGGACCGUUGGGAAGUGUUCGAUGUAAAUUUUAAUUCGUAUUUUCAAUUAUCAUGUUUUGAAUUUCUUUUUUUUCCCCAUUAAAAGUAAUGUCUUUUGAACACAAUUUUUUUUACAUUGAUUUUUUUUAUAUAUAGAACACCGUGGGCAGAGGCAAACUGUUGUGCGAUGUUUGAGUUGUGGCCUAAUUAAACGGUUUCUCAGUAACCCAAAUUACAAGUUAUGGUGUGAACAGCCAGAGGCUCUACUCGAAAAUCAGCCAAAAGCAGGUAACUAUAUUUCUAGUUAAUGAGUGUAGUUUGCUUUUCAGCAAACUUACUAAAAGUCAUUCGGGUUUUGUUUCAAAAACACAAAAAAGUGUGAUCAUGCAGACUGGCAAUUUCAGCUUUUGAACCACAAUUAACUAAAGUUUACAGAUUUUUUAUAUAUAUAUAUAUAUAUAUAUAUAUAUAUAUAUAUAUAUAUAAUUUUUUUUUAAUUUUUUUUAUGAAGUUUUAUAAUUAACAAUAUAACAUAAUGUCUUCUAUCAGAAGUUCCUAUGUGCUGUAAGUUUUCCCCCUCGACACAAAGUGUAAACCUUUUACAGUGUAAUUUGGGUCUCUGCUUGUCAUCUUCUCAUUUACAAAGAGAGAAACUUUAUAUGAAAGCACCCUGCAACAUUUAUCUUAACCCCUUAAGGACACAGCUUCAGAAGCUUGACUUACGCUUAAUGACACAAGCAAUUUUUGCAUUUUCUUGCUGUUUGCGUUCAACUGCAAUUUGCAUCUCUCUCAUUUAUUGCACCGACACAUAUUAUAUACUGUUUUUUAAAGGACAGAAAGGGCUUUAAUUUGAUAUAACAUAUAUAUAUAUAAAUGCUUACUUAUUAUAAAAAAAAUACAGAAAAAUGCAAAAAAAUGAAAAAUAUUGUUUUUUUUUACAGUUUUUGCAAUAAUAAUGUGUGCAUAAUUAGUGCAGGUUAAGGAAAGUAAUUAAAAAUAAAUUUAUUUAUUUGUUCUGAUUUACAGAAUAUAUAAUGUGUCUGGGAUUUUAAGUUUUUUUUGGUAGUUACAGGUCACAAAGCACAAGUAGUAAAAUAAACUUUUAAUGUGGAGCGAUUUUAGAAUUUGGUAUGUUUGUCUUGUAAGCUUAAUAGCCAUAAAAGAAAACAAAAUUGCCACACAAAAGUAUAUAUUUAUAUAAAGUAGACAUCACGGGCUAUUUACCUAAGGUUGUUUUGACACUUUCUACGUAGCCAUUUCACCGCCAACCUCUGCUAAAUAUUGGAGUAAAAUUGUGUUCUUUUUGGUUUUUGGCACACAAACUUAUAACAGAGAAAUUCUCGUGUAUAUUUUGUAAAGUUGGUGUGUGCUAUUCCUGUACAAAGUUUUAUUUUGUGUUCAGUUACAUCUGCUGAGUAAAAUGACACCCCCAUUGUAUGUCUUUUGCACUAUUUCGUGAAGUUACAGUGCCAUACAGGAUACCUGUCCUUUUCAGUAUUCACAGUAGAAUUUUGAGAGAUGGAUUUAAUGAGCCUUAGCUUCCAUUUGGGGUAUUAUAACAGUUUGACUGUUCAAAAACCCCCACAAAGGCCUACCAUUUGUAAAAGUAGACACUCCAGGGUAUCUCAUAAGGUGCAUAUUGUGCCUUAACAUACCCCCAUUUUUUCACCAAUAUACGCCAAAGUAUGUGGUAAAAAAUAAUUUUGUGCAUUUUUUACAUACGGAUUGCAUUUUUGCUGGGUGUUUUGUAUAUUUCAUAUGUGCCACUAAGUUCAAACCCCCAAAUUAUGCUCAGCUAAGUCUUCUGAGUAAAAUGACACCCCAUAUGAAUGUCUUUGGCACUAUUUCGUGAAGCUACAGUGCCAUAUAGGAGACCAAGCCAUAUCCGUUUUUACCAAACUUUGAAUUUUGACGCUGGGCCUAUGUGCAAUUUCCAAGCAUCUUCGCAGGUUUUAAAUUCAAACUACCCCACAAAGGCCUACCAUUUCUUAAAGUAGACACCCCAGGGUGUUUCAAAAGGUAUAGUUUGAACCUUAGCGUGGGAUCAUUUUUCCGCUAGCUUGUACCAGAUGUAGUGGUAAUAAGCGUUUUUUCUGCCUUUUUGACAUACAAAGUGAGUUUGCACAGUAUAUUUUGCAAACCUUAUGUGUGCUACGACUGUAUAAUACUUCAUAUGUUGCUCAGCUAUGUCGGCUGAGUACAGCAAUACCCCCGUAUGUACCUUUGCCAGGUAUGUGUGGACAUCGGAGGGGCACAUUUGGGACACAGCCAUUCCAGUUUUUUUCAAACUUUGAAUUUUUAUGCUGUGCCUAUGUCCCAUUUUAGAGUUUUUUACCAGGCUAUAUAAUCCAAAUUCCCCAUAAAGCCAUACCAUUUCUUAAAGAAGACAUCCCAGGGUAUUUCAAAAGGCAUAUUUUGAACCUUAGCGUGGGAUCAUUUUUCCGCUAGCUUGUACCAAGUGUAGUGGUAAUAAGCAUUUUUCUGCCUUUUUGACAUACAAAGUGAGUUUGCGCAGCAUAUUUUGCAAACCUUAUGUGUGCUAUGACUGUAUAAUACUUCAUAUGUUGCUCAGCUAUGUCGGCUGAGUACAGCAAUACCCCCGUAUGUACCUUUGCCAGGUAUAUGUGGAUGUUGAAGGGGCGCAUUUGAGACGCAGCCAUUCAGUUUUUUUCUAACGCUGAAGUUUUACGCUGUGUCCAUGUUCCAAUUUGGAGUAGUUUAGACGGUUGGUUAUUGAAACUUCCCCACAAACACAUACUAUUUAUUAAACAAUACACCCUGGGGUAAUUCAAAAGGCAUAUUUUGAACCUUGGCGUGGGAUAAUUUUUUCUCUAGUUUGCUCCAGGUGUAGUGGUAAUGAGCGUUUUUAAAAUGUAUUUUUUUACUUUUUAUAACUUUUUACUUUUAAAAACUAGUUUUUAAACUUUUGUUUUGCUUAUAAAUUUUUUUUAAACUUUCCUAAACUUUCUUAAAACUUUUUUACAGAUUUAACAUUUUUCUAAGCUUUUUUUUUUACCGUUAACCCCUAACUAGCAGUACGCAGCAGUAACAGUAAAUUCCCCAUUUUCCCAUAACUCCCACCCACCCCAGCUAGCAAAAUAUAUAGUUAUAAAAUAUUUAAAUUAAUUAAUUAAAUAAAUUGAACCCCUGAGGGUUAAAAAAAUAAAUAAAAGUUAAUCCUCAGGGGUUAAAAAAAAUUAGAUCACAGUAUAAUACUGUGAUCUCUAUUUGAUCGCUGUAGGCAGUGAUCGACUGGCAGGGAAGGGGUUAAUUUUUAUUUGGACUAGGUAAAGUGUGUUUUUUUUGUUUUUUUACUUAAAUGUUAUUAAAACAUUUUUUUAAGCUUAAUUUUUAACUUUUUAAAGUUUCUUUUAAAACUUUUUUUAACGUUAACCCCUAGUUAGCCUAACGCCAAAUCCCCCAAUUCCCCACUAACUUCCACCCACCCCAGCUAUCUAAAUAUAUAAUUAAAAAUAAUUUAAUUAAUUAAUUUAAUUAAUUUAACCCCUGAGGGUUAAAAAAAAAAAGAAUUAACCCUCAGGGGUUAAAAAAAAAAAUCAGAUCAUAGUAAAAUGUAAUCCCUGCCAAUUGAUCACUGUAGUCAGUGAUCAAUUGGCAGGGAAGGGGUUAAUUUUUUAUUAAAAUGGGUAAGGGGGGGGACACUUUAAAUAAACUUUAUUUUUUUUUACAGCAGGGGGCAGGAUCAGCACUGAUCCGGCUCCCUGCACUUCACACAGAACCAGGAAGUGCAGGGAGCCGGUAGGUAAGUAUGCAGAGCACAUGUGCUCGCUCUGACUUGCGGUCAGAGCGAGCACAUGUGCUGGGCAGCUGACCGGGUGCUCCCGGUAUGCCUCUAAUGCAGAGGCAUACCGGGAGCACCAUUAACCCCGCGAUCGCUGCAAUAGCGGCGAUCCGGGGUUAAUUUUACCGCGUGACGGACGAGGUCCGUCACCCGUCGUUAAGGGUUUCCCCUCUGUGACGGACCUCGUCCGUCACCCGUCCUGAAGGGGUUAACAUUUAGAUAUUCUAUUACGAUAUAUAGGUGUUAAAGGGACACUAUAGUCACCAGAACAACUACAGCUUAAUGUAGUUGUUCUGGUGAAUAUAAUCAUUAUAUACAGGCAUUUUCAUGCAAACACUGCCUUUUCAGAGAAAAGGCAGUGUUUACAUUGCCCCUAGGAACACCUCCGAAUGGCCACUGGAGGUGCUUCCUGGCUCAGUGCUGCACAGUAGGCAGCUCUGCCAUUCAGGGUCCCCACGCUCUGCAUGGGGAUGCUGAAUUCUCCUCAUAGAGAUGCAUUGAUUUAGUGCAUCUCUCUGAGGAGGUGCUGAGUGGCCAAAACAGCAUUUGGCCCUGCCCCUUGUCGAUUUGGAUUGGUUAAAAAUCGGCAGUUCUGAUGAUGUUACCAAGGGGAUGGGGCCAGUGCCGGCAGACUCGCACGGCACUGGAAAUAAGGUGCGUUUUUCAUGCUUUUAAGGGGGAGGGCAAGCCACCUUAAUAGUGGGUUUAGCACUAUAGGGUCCCGAAUACAUGUUUGUGUUCCUGACCCUAUAGGGUUCUUUUAAUCUUCCUUUACUUGCUAAAAGUGGAAGUAGUAGAGCCCUUGGAACUAAAAUAAAAAAUAACUUUAAAAACUAGCCCUUACAAAAAAGGGGUAGCUGUAGCUGAGUGAUCACCAACAACAUUCAGGUACUGGAGUGAUCAUGCCGUUGAGUACUAUAGAUCAGUGUCUUAGUUAAGGGAAUGUAGACUUAUCUUUAUUGGUAUUUAAAAGCCAUAAAAUUCUUUAUUUGUGAGUGAUUACAUUAUACAUACUUAAAAACGAGGGAAAUCUCAAUGUAUCCUUCCUGGUAAAAUAGCUUAUAAAUAUAUGUAUGCAUUUCCAGGAUAGCAGUGUACAUGCAAAGUAACACUAUAGAGCCCACCUUUGCAUACACGCUGUGCUGUCCAACUGUUCUCUCUGGAAUUCAGCUUGUUUAGCACAGCCUUCCCUUCUGCUAUUCUUUAAUUCACUUAAUUCUGAAGACUGCAUCUCCCUUCUCUUAAUUGAAACACAGAUCUGUGAUUUGCUCAUCCUAGUGGCUGAAAGUUGUGCUGUGACUGCUGUUUUCUGAGAGGAAGAAUAGAUUGGUGUGAGUCUGUUUACAUUGUGGUGGGAGUAAAAGUUAUAAAAAUUAUUUAUGCUCUAUUAUUUGUACACAUUUGUUGAGUUGGGUGGGGUGAAUGGAUUGAAUUGUUAACUCUAAGUGAUAGCAGCACGUAACACUUGGUAAUAUGUUAACUUAUCAUAAGUAUGUGCAUGAUCACUUUAUGGGCACCUGAUUUUGUGGUGGGAAUACUGGAGAGUAGUUGUAGCAUCUAGUGACAAUAAUUGUUAUUUUAUAUGGCCAAACUUGAAAACUGCUUGGACAGAUAAUAUAAUCUGUGGAAAGGUAUAUUCUAGAUUUAUAUUUUUGUUUUUAUUGUAUUGUUUUUUUUGGUUUGGUUUUUUUUUCACUCCCUCCAAAAACCCUUUUGUACAGUGAUCUGAAGCCGAUAUGAGUGGUGUCUUAAAUGUAACCUAGCUACUGCCUACAACUUUCUAACUGAAGAUCAUCACAGCCACCACACUUGGCUAGCUCCUGCUAAUUUUGUUAGCAAUUGUUGGUACUUUGUGCAUAAAUAUUAAAACAUUUGUGUGAGACCCCAAAAAGGAAUGUGUGGACUCCCAUUACAGAAGUUGUUCAGCUGUGGCAUUUUACAUUUCAUUUUUCUACUUCUAUAUUUAGAAAAUAUGCACCCUAUUUUUUUUUCUGUUUUUUUUUAUAUACAUAUAUAAUAUACAUAUGUUGUUUUUUUAUAAAAUAUGUAAUUUUUUAUUUUUUUGCCAGAUAUAAAUCCCCAAAAAGAACCAAAAGAAAAAGAAACUAAUUUGAUGAAUGAAGAAAAGAAAACUACUUCAUAGAUGACAUUGUUAUAUCAAACUGAAAGCUUUGUAAUUUGUUUUGCAUGGCUGGUUCAUUUAUGUACAUAUCCUAUACACCUUACAACAUACUUUGAGCAAGAUGUGAAAAAAAAGAUUUAUAUUUAUUUUUUAUAUUUCAGGGGUUUAUUUUUAUUUAUUUUUUAUUUCAAUAAAUACUGAAAGUUA